GGGCUCGGAGAACGUUCUGCGCAUGUGCACUGCCGUCUUCUUUCUGGCGUAGCCGUUUUUGUCUCACGCCCCAGGGAGUGAGGACUCCGGGGCUUCCAAGUCCCGGCUAGGCGGCAAAGGGCGGGGUCUGGGUUCGGCGCGGGUCGGGAGCGGAGACCGAGCCCCUGCAGCAAACAAAAACAUAAUUUUCAAAACAGCUAAUAGGAAAGAGAUGUUUGGAUUCACUCAAAAAUGUCCCAGGUUCAUCAAGAUUUGUAUCAGAGUCACCAGUGGACAGGUGAUUCCUAGGACUGCCAGAUAAGAUUCCUUAUGACUUCUUUCUUUCAACUUUCCCUGCUCUGGCUUUGUAGUUUUCACCCUUUCCCAAAAGCAGCAGAAAAUGAACAAGUUCCAGGUACCUGUGACAUUAAAGGAUGUUAUUGUGGAAUUCACAAAGGAGGAAUGGAAAUUACUGACCCCUGCUCAGAGGACCCUGUACAAAGAUGUGAUGCUGGAAAACUAUAGUCACUUGGUCUCAGUGGGUUACCGUGUGAAUAAGCCAAAUGUGGUCUUCAAGUUGAAGCAAGGAAAAGAGCCAUGGAUGUUAGAAGUAGAAUUUCCACAUCGGGGCCUCCCUGAAGACCUAUGGAAUAUUCACGACCUAGAAGCAAGAUACCAGGAAAGCCAAGCUGGAAAUUCAAGGAAUGGAAAACUCACAAAACACCAGAAAACUUAUGCCACAGAGAAAGCCUACGAAUGUAAGGAAUGUGGGAAGUUCUUCUGCCAGAAGUCUGCCCUCAUAGUACAUCAGCAUACUCAUUCAAAGGGCAAAUCAUACGACUGUGAUAAAUGUGAGAAAUCUUUCUCUAAAACUGAAGACCUCACAAGACAUCAAAAAGUUCACACACGAGAGAAAACCUAUGAGUGUAAAGAAUGUAAGAAAAUAUUUUACCACCUAUCAUCUCUCAGUAGACAUCUGAGAACCCACGUGGGAGAGAAACCCUAUGAAUGUAAUCAGUGCGAGAAAUCCUUCUAUCAGAAACCACAUCUUAUAGAACAUCAGAAAACACACACAGGGGAGAAACCUUUUGAAUGUACUGAAUGUGGUAAGUUCUUCUAUGUGAAGGCAUAUCUCAUGGUACAUCAGAAAACACACACAGGGGAGAAACCCUAUGAGUGUAAGGAGUGUGGCAAAGCCUUUUCCCAGAAGUCACACCUCACAGUACAUCAGAGAACACAUACAGGGGAGAAACCCUAUAAAUGUAAGGAAUGUGGGAAAUUCUUCUCUAGGAAUUCACACCUCAAAACACAUCAGAGAACUCACACAGGAGAGAAACCCUAUGAAUGUAAGGAAUGUAGGAAAUGCUUCUUCCAGAAGUCAGCCCUCACAGUACAUCAGCGAACUCACACAGGGGAGAAACCCUUUGAAUGUAAUAAAUGUGGGAAAACCUUUUACUAUAAAUCAGACCUCACUAAACAUCAGAGAAAACACACAGGGGAGAAACCCUAUGAAUGCACAGAAUGUGGCAAAUCUUUCUCUGUGAAUUCGGUCCUCAGAUUACAUCAAAGGACUCACACAGGAGAGAAGCCCUAUGAAUGCAAGGAAUGUGGGAAGUCCUUUUCUCAGAAGUCACAUUUUAUUAUACAUCAGAGAAAACACACAGGGGAGAAGCCCUAUGAGUGUCAGGAGUGUGGGGAAACCUUUAUCCAGAAGUCACAACUCACUGCACAUCAGAAGACACACACAAAGAAGGGGAAGGCCGAGAAGUAAGAUGAGUUGGGAAAUUCUCCUGACUGAAUUCACCUUUCAGAACAAUCAGAUAUUUCAUGCAAGAGGUACACCUUAUGAAUGGCAUCAGCAUAGGGUAAUUUUUAGCUACAAUCUUUCCUCUAUCUGUAUAUCAGCAAAUAUAUAGAGAGAAAUCCUGUACGUUUAUUUAGGAGAAAAUUUUAUGUGGUGGGUUUUUCUAAAUAUUAGAUAAUAUAGAUAGCAGAAGCCAUUCAAAUUAUAAAAUAGAAAGGAAACCUUUCAGAAGUCAUACUUUUGUAACAUAGAAAUCACACAGGAGAGAAAUCCUGUAAGUAAAACGAAUGUCAUGACAUUUUCUGUCAGGGCAGCCAGCUGUAGACAUCUAAAAGCUCACAAGUGAGAAGCUCCUUGAGUAUCUAGAAAUCUCUUUACACAAUUAGCGCUCACAUAUUAGAGAAUUCAAAGGGAUAACUGCAUAGAUGGUAGCAGAUAUAAAAAGCCUUUAUCAAGAAUUGGUGUUUCAUUCAAUGUCAGAUUACUGCUACUUGGAUAGAUAUUUUAAAUAUUUGGAAGGUUUUCAACAAAAAUUCAAAUAAUUUGUACUGAGGGAAACAGUUAUACUAGAAGUUAUGUUGCAGAUCUGAUGCCAAGAUUUAAAAGGAAACCUGCAAAUGUCUACAUAUAUGAAGCUUUUAAAAAGCACAAAUUAUCAGUCAACAUCAUUAAUCAUACAUUAAAUGUCUUUUAGUAUAUGUGAGGGCUUUUUGUGUAUGUGAGUGUGCUAUAACAUGUAACUUGUGGAUGUUCACUGUGCAUGUGGAAUCCAUCCAUAAUUGUACAUAGGGAAAUAUGUAAUCUUAGUUCAGUAACUAUUAUGUGUAUGACAAUGUCACACAUUAAGUCUCAGUAGUGACUCUUGUUGUAUUUAUAUUGUAAGUGUAAUAUUCCUUUUAAAUUAUAAGGCAUCUUUUUCUCCUAUUUCUUGGUGUUUGUAAAUGGCUAUAGAAAGUGUUACUUGUUUUUGUAAAAUUUUCAACUGCCAGCCAAGUUUUGAAUUAGGGACACAUUUAUUUAUAUAUAUAGCAAAAGCCUGAGCUGUUUUAGACAGUUAAAAACAGUAAUAUUUAUUACAGUCUACACAAUGAAAACAAAUAGUGCAAUGUAAGAAAUAUUAUAUAUCUUACUGUUGAUGUGUAAGCAGGAAGCAGAGCUAUAUGCAUUUGUAUUUUGUCUGAGAAUCCUAAAAGUCCAUCACUAACUUUUUCUUCCUCAUAAAAGCAACGUGGGAUACUUAAGGGUGUGGACUCUGGACUCCUGCUGCCUGGGCCCAGAUUCCAGCAUGGAAACAUGCUACUUAAUGUCUCUGUGCCUCAGUUCCCUUUCCAAAAAGAGUAGUGAUAGUGACAACAUCUUAGGAUUGCUUUGAGUUCUACAUGAGUUAACAUAUUCAAAGCACUUACGAUAGUGUCUUAGACACAACAGCUGUAUGUUAAAGGUUAUCUUCAUUAUUUGUAUUUUGUGAAUUACUCUGCAAGAAAAAAAAAAAAGAAGGUUGGCUACUCAACAUUCAUCCUCCACCUUCUUGGUGCCAGUGCCUUGACUUGGUUGGUUGUUGUUUGUUUCUUUUCCUACAAGUGAUUUAGGGGCAAGAGCAGAUCCUGAUUACACUAAGUCAGGGUUUGAUAAAUGACAGUCCAUCGGACGGAUGUGGCCCACUACCCAUUUUUGUAUCCUGCAAGCUAAGAAUGGUUUUAUAUUUCUAAAUGGUUGAAAAAAAUCAAAGAAUAUUGUGACACAUGAAAAUUAUAUAUUCAAAUUUCAGUGUCCAUAAAUUUUUGAAAAAACAAAUACAAACAAAAAACAUCUGUUUAUGUUUGGCCUGUGGCUGUCUUCGCACUACCCCAGCAGGGUUGAGUAGUUGUGGCAGACACCAUAUGCUCUUUGAGCCUAAGAUCUAGCACUUUGCAAAGUAAGGUUUUCUGUUACUUAGCGCUGAACAUGCAAGAAUGUAGAGUUACGCUUUUAUAAACAUUACGUGUUUCAAAAUGAUGCAUUAAGCAAUUUGUAGGUGGGUGGUUUUUUUGCAGUAUAUUUAUUUUGUGCAUUAUAUUUAUAUGUUAAAAGCCUGAGCUUAGAAGUAUUUUUUCAAAGAAACGUGUUUUUUACUUGCUUGUCAUAACAUCAGAAUGAAAAAUUUCUUGAAGGAAUGUAGCAGUAAAUAUAUGAAAUAAACAUUGUCUAAAUUAAA